AUGCUGCUCUGUUUCAGCAAGCCUGCUGCCAUCACAGAUGCUGUGAAGCCCAUCAAUCUGCCCACUGAGGAACCCAAGCUCUGUAGCACAUGCCUAGCCUCAGGCUUGGGCAGCAUUACACCCACAAAAUAUGAGGUACAAAAACCAGAUGAUCUGUACAGUGUGUCCAACAAGCUCCUGCCUAUUGAGGACUGUGUCAAAAACCACAAUCAGAAGGUGACAGAUGCCAUGUUGUGGGCAGGAGAGUUGGGUGGAGGCAAAGACACUUCCAAGGGUGACUCAGGAGGCCCACUGAUCUGUGAUGGUGUUCUCCAAGGUACUACAUUAAAUGACCCUGAACCAUGUGUUCCUAGGCAUCUACACAAAACUUAUUAA